GCGCGGGAGCGUUUGUUGCGUUUAUGACGCCCAGUGAGGCGGAGGACACCACAGACAGUUCUAUAUAAAAUCCGUCAAACACACAUGGCUCAGUGGAGACAUUACACACCGAACUAAACUCAGCUGAACCCUGCUCAACUCUAGGGUAAAUUGGGGAAUAUACUUUCCUUUCUAACAUAGAAUGGAUACGAGCGCGGGUGUGCAGAAGAUGUCGGUGGGGCGGGCGGCAGCAGGAAGGGGUGCGUCGUGUCUGACAUGUAAAGGGAUCUGCACUGGAUUAGAGCCACAUUCCUGGAGAAAAGCCUGCAGUCAGUGUCACUGCAGUCAGGAGGAGCAUGUGUCUGGCUCCAAUAGCGAAGAUGACCUUAAGGUGGGCAGACUACUGGCAGAGUCCCGCUAUGCUCAUCUCACGGCUAAAGUGAAGGGAGGAGAUGGGCUGAGGGUCUACAAACGCAAUCACAUGAUCGUCACCAACCCGGUGGUCUCCCGUAAAGACCCGACCUUCAGCACAGUCACCUAUGACUGGGCACCACCAGGACUCACCCAGAAACUGGCGAUGCAGUACAUGGAGCUUCUCCCUGUAGACAGGCGUCCUGUGGCCGGCACAGAAGGAGCUUUAUAUCGCUGCAGGCAACUAAUAAGACAGCUGCCCUCGUACGAUCAGGACCCGUCAUGCUGCCACAGCCUGUCUGAGGUGGAGCAAAGAGCCAUGACUCAGUUUGUGAGGUCAUAUAAAGAGGAGGCGCUCGGGGUGGGGGAGGUCGCCCUGCCUGGACAAGGAGGAACAGCCAAACAGAAGAAUGAAAAACAAACCCAGGAACAACUAAAACCUGAGACCACCACCAAUGGAACAGCAGAGGAGAACAAGAAAAGGGAAUAUCACUGCAGUGGUUGUGGUCAGUUGGCAGCGAUGGACAGUCCUGUAGUGUACGCUGACAGGUGCGGGUAUGAGAGACUCUGGCACCCCACCUGCUUUGUGUGCAGUGAGUGUGGUGAAGCUCUAGUGGAUCUCAUCUACUUCUGGAAGGACGGAGCACUGCUGUGUGGACGUCAUUACUGCCAGAGCAUCAGACCUCGCUGCAUGGGCUGUGAUGAGCUGAUCUUCUCAGAGUUGUUUCACCAAGACACUGAUGGGAGCUUCUGGCAUAGGGAACAUUUCUGUUGUUGGCUGUGUGGACAGAACCUUAAAGUUCAGUGUGGAUGUGACAAUCGCCAAUCUAUAUAAUUCUCAAAACAAAAUAUUUUGUUAUUUACUAAUUGCAGCUCAUGAUUUUUUGGGUGUUUAAUUUUGUUUUGGUAUAUCAGCAAGAAAAUUCAACUUGGUCGCAUAGAAUCACAUUACUACAGUAUACCUAAACUUUUGCAAAUUGAUUUUUUCGUGCCUUUUUGUACAGUACGUAUCAUGGCAGUUUCCUGGUGAAAUGAACACUACAACAACAAUUACUUUUGUUUGACUUUUUAUGAGUUCAUAAACACUUUCUUUUUCCUCUUUACCUCACACAGUGCUAUCUUGUGACAUCUAAAAACUUUCUAUAGCGCAUGACUUGUAAGGUGAUAUAUUUUAACCUUUGCAUUACAUAACCAACUACAUUUACAAGCUUCCAAUGUGAUCAGAUUGCACACUCAACUGAUUGAGCACUGCACCUGCGAUGCAAAGGAACAAGUUACGAGCCCUGAAGAGCAUGCGAGUCGACACUUGAGCUGAAAGUUUCAUAGAAGUGCCACAAAAUGCUUCAGCAGUUACAUUUUUCAUCUCGCAUUUGCUUUUGAUGACACUAUCAUUUAGGUUUAGGUUUUAGGUUUAGAGAAGAGAGGUAGGUUUUAUUGAUUUAAAACUCGAUAGAGCAUUAACCUUAAAGUCAGCAUGAAAUUAAAAUGGACCCUACUUAAUGCACUUUACUGGUCUUAUUGUGAACAAUUCACCCAUGCAUUUUUGCUAUUUUAUAAAAAUUGUUUGACUCCAUAAUCAAAAUUUUAUAACUUGCUCCUCUGGAGAAAUGACUGACUCUUCUCUGCUGACGUAUGCAAGACUGCGCUGUAGUUAAGCCAAGUUUUAGACAGUUUUAACCCUGCCCCUAAAAAAGAAAAAAAUUGUAAACAAACUUUCCGUCAAAUCAGCUAAUGCAGAGAUGGAGGUGUAUUUUCAGCUGUUUCCCUCUGUAAAUCCUGCUCCCUACCCCAAACUACCUUGUUUACCCACACGCUGGCUUGAAUUUACAUUUCGAAGGAGGAAUAAUGGUGAAUUUGCGGUUGUGUUCAAGACAUUUCAUGCCUGAAUACUUCCAGAGGUGAUCACUGCUGAACAAAAGCCGGAUGUGUUUGGAGUUUAUUCAUAUUUUUUAAUGCAGAUAUCUGGGGAUGUACAGCACAAGUAAGUGGUCUUUUUUCCCUUUAAAGUGUACAGUGAAUCAAAACAUUGAAAUAUUGUGAUCCUUUACACUCUUUUUUUCUCAUUUAUCUGUAUUGGGCUCCAGCCUCGUCGUAGGCAAAGACAGUAACGUGCUGUGUGCGUUUGUGGGCUGGUGAUGGAUUAGUGUUGUCAUUUAGAUCAGUGGUUCUCAACCCUGUUCCUGGAGUCCCCCCAACACUACACAUUUUGGAUAUCUCCCUAAUCAAACACAUCUGAUUCAACUCAUCAGCUCAUUAGUGGAGACUCCAAGACCUGAAUUUGGUGUGUCAGAAAAGAGAGAUAUACAAAAUGUGCAGUGUUGUGGGUCCUCCACGAACAGGGUUGAGAACCACUGAGUUAGAUCAUUGUUUGGUUCUCAAGUCAGUGGGGUACAGUACGCAUUCAGGUCUGCCUCCAUUGCGAUAUACAAUGCCCUCUUUUCAUAAUCCAAUCAACAAGUGAUGGAUAAUGGAAGUCCCCACCAUAAAUAUUUUUCUUGUUUAAUUAGCCGUUUCUCUCGGAAAUACAUCACAACAUGGAAGGUUGCAAUUUCCGUUUCAUUUUAAAAACCUAAUUUUUUGGGAAGAACAUUUGACUUGCUUUUAGUGCCACACAGUAACAUAUCAUCUUGAAACUGCCAUUAAAUGUGUAACAUUUGUAAAAAUGAUGACAAAGUCGUAAUUUUCAAUGUAAAUUUUCCUACACCCUUAUACUUGCAGACAAACCUGCAGAGAUGAUGACACUAUGAUAUUAAACUCUUUUAGUUAAUCCUAUUUAGAGACACUGUGCAUGACAUAUUCUGCUUGACACCCCAUUACCUAAUUCACAGAUGAGGUCUGUGUCAUUCUGCAUGUUAUAAACCAAAACUAAAUCAGUUUCUGUGAUUUUAAAGUAAAUGAAAGCUUAAAAAAACAGUACAUUCUUCAAAAUUUCUCCUUUUAUUUCAUGGAACGACAUGAGGGUUGUUUUAUCUAACUACAUAGGGGUUAACAAAUUAUGAUAGAAUUUACAUUUUAAGAUGAAUUAUACUUUUUAGGCCUUAUUUCCUGCUUGCAGUUAAAAAGAUUAAUUGCAGCUGAUUUAACGCUGCUCUCAUGCUGUACACACACGACUUAGUGUGUGAGUUUUGCGAGAAGCCGUUAGAAACACAAGCCAGAUCCUGACAGCCAUAAGAACAUAGGUGAGAAUUCACAGAGUCCAAACAAACAUCUUUUCUUUUUUUUUUCCUGCUCCGCAACGAGGCUUUUCAUUGCCAUUGUGUUUGUAAAUAUUAGAUCACUUCAAGAUUUAUGCUUUGGUUUGAAUCCAGCUCAGCAUGGAUGAGAGUACAUUUAAAAUACCAAACACUCAUUUACAGUUACUCUCUGCUUCCACCUAUUGUCCAAACAACAGUAAUUGUGUUUGAGUUAAAAUCAUCAUCGAUCUUUAUAGUGAGGUUCUGUAAUGUUGGUCUAGUGACUGUGUGUAUUCCUUGGAACUGUGUUUAACCCAAACUAUUUAAAAUUCUGGAAGUAAUAUGAUCUUGAGUUUUGAUUCUUGAGCAGAUGUUUUAUUGCAUGUGACAAAGAAAGGAAAAAAACUUUCAAAUGUGCCUUUUAUGUGAACAUAUUGUAUGCCUUUAAUGUAGUUAUUGUUUAUACAUAUUGUCAUUUAUUCAUUUAGGAGCUGUGUUGUUACAGUAAAGGUUAAUGUCUGAACUGGAAGAGACAGAAAUUUAGAUUUUUUUCCCCCUGCUAUUUAAUUUGGAAAUGAAUUGAUUACUGGACAUACCAACUGGAAUGUCAACCUUUUAAAUCUGUUUAACAAGAAGAUCUUUGUAAGGUUAUACAACACCCAAAGUACUUCAACAAUACAAAUAACUUUUUCUCAUGGCUUUAUCUUUUUUAACUUAGAUCUAAAUAGUUGGGCUUGUGUUUGUAUUCAUCAAUUCACUUGUUCAGCCAGUGGAGAAAAAAGACUAGUUUAAUGUAUUGAGUUGUUUGUUUUAAAACAGCAUUAAACUGUGAAAUAGA